AAAUUCAGCUGGUACACAAAAUUAAGCUCAUUGUACCCUUCAAAGUGAUCUACUUUUUACUGAUUCACACUAAUUUUAGAUGAAGUUUUCAAGCUUUUCUUCCAAGUAGCACUCCUAGCAAAUGCACUGUUGAAUAUUUUUUAUUAGUAGUAAAAAAAUUCUGACACAUACUCAAAAUGUAACUCUAUUCUUUGGAAUGUAGCUCAUUUUUUUUUUUUUUUUAUUUAUAAAAUUUAGGAGAAUCUGUAGCGCCGUUUGAGUAUUCUUUAUUUAUAUACAGUAAUCUUACUAUUUUUGGUUUUGAGGGCGGAGAAGUUAAUGGUUUACUAAUGAAGAAUUUGAACUGGUUUAAGCAAAUAGCGAAUAAUGGGAAAUUAGAGAGGAGGCUAUCAUUAGGAGAGUACAAGCGAGCAGCGUCAUGGUCCAAGUAUAUAGUAUCAUCUGGAGCUGCGAUAAAGGGUGAAGGAGAAGAAGAAUGGAGUGCUGAUAUGUCACAGCUGUAUAUAGGUAAUAAGUUUGCUUCAGGAAGACAUAGUAGGAUUUACAGGGGGAUUUAUAAGCGUAGAGAAGUGGCUAUUAAACUUAUAAGCCAACCUGAAGAAGAUGGUAACUUGGCUACUUUUCUUGAGAAACAGUUUACUUCUGAGGUUGCUUUGUUGCUGAGGUUAAAGCAUCCAAAUAUCAUUACUUUUAUUGCAGCAUGUAAGAAACCACCAGUGUUUUGCAUUAUCACAGAGUACUUACCUGGAGGCUCCCUGAGAAAGUACCUACAUCAGCAGGAGCCGCACUCAGUCCCUCUCAAUAUAGUUGUGAAACUGGCACUUGACAUUGCACAUGGGAUGCAGUAUCUUCAUGCUGAAGGGAUACUUCACAGAGAUCUGAAGUCGGAAAAUCUACUCCUUGAUGGAGAUAUGUGUGUGAAAGUUGCAGAUUUCGGGAUCUCAUGUUUAGAAUCUCAAUGUGGUAGUGCAAAGGGGUUCACCGGUACAUACCGGUGGAUGGCACCAGAAAUGAUCAAGGAAAAGAACCAUACAAAGAAAGUUGAUGUCUAUAGUUUCGGUAUUGUCCUAUGGGAACUUUUGACUGCAUUGACACCAUUUGAUGACAUGACCCCCGAGCAGGCGGCAUUUGCAGUCUGCCAGAAGAAGGCUAGACCACCAAUACCUGCUGCAUGUCCAGUAGCAGUUCGGAAACUCAUUAAAAGGUGCUGGGCAAACAAUCCUCACAAACGGCCACAUUUUGAGGAGAUUGUAACUGUUCUUGAAAGUUAUGCUGAGGCGCUUGAGCAGGAUCCUGAUUUUUUCCAAUCUUACGAGCCCCCUCGGAAUUUUACCUUGUCGCAAUGCUUGCCUAAUUGCAACAGAUCAGCUUCUGCUGAGGCAUAGGAAACUCCAGAAUAUGUAACUUAUUGCGUUAUCUUGGGGGACCAAAUUAUCCCCAGGACCCCAAUGUGAAGUGUAUCAUAUUUCUUUAGUUCUCAGUAGCUCUAAGUUAUUUGUUGUAUACUUGAAGUUACUAAGCAACUCUUUGAAUAUUUCGCUGUUUGAUUUUGCUAGACAUUUGGAUCAGGAUUUGACCAAGGAAAAUCCGUUUGUAAUGAAAGCUUAAUUGCAUUUCAAACUUUUA